UAACCGCAACAAGCGUCCAGCACGCUGCUGCACUUAACUGUAGUUUGGAGUCGCCCUGUCGGUUUAUUUUUCCACCAGCAAAAGUCGCAUUAAAUGGAGACUAGUGGGCUAUGCGUGCAGUCCGCAGGGUCAAAAGAAAGCAAGCCCGAAUUCACAAUACGGAGGGAGUGGUUUCUUUUAAGUUUAAAGAUAAUGUAUUAGCUUUAACUUAGGUGGCUUUAUACUAGUAAGCGGAGAAGAUAACGUUAGCUAAUGUUUGGCUAACGUUGAGUUAACCCUGUAUGACGGCUGCUGGGUAUCAACUAAUGGCGUUAAACAGCUAGCUAGGUUGCUAACAGCUAAGUAAAUGAGUUUGCAUUAACCUAACGUUAGCAGCGUAACUUCGUAACGUUUUGCUGUAAUAACUAUUAGCAGUGGAUCUGAGACAGUCCACCGUUUACAGUAAGUUUAGGUUACUUGUGUCCACGGCAUUCAUGUGGUGGUCUGAUGGGGCUUUUAAGGAUCAUGAUGCCGGCAAAGUUCCAGCUUUUGGCUGUUUUGACAUUUGGAGUGGCCAUGCUCUUUAUUGAGAACCAGAUCCAGAAACUGGAAGAGUCAAGAGCCAAACUCGAACGUACCAUUGCCAGACACGAGGUGGCUGAAGUGGAGCAGCGUCAUAGUGAGGACGCCGGCCGGGAUUUGUCACCACUGGCAGAAAAAGAUGACAUGGUCAUAAUCUACAACAGAGUGCCGAAGACGGCCAGCACAUCCUUCACUAACAUCGCCUACGACCUGUGUGGGAAGAAUCGCUUCCAUGUCCUGCACAUCAACACAACCAAAAACAAUCCUGUCAUGUCUCUACAGGAUCAGGUGCGCUUUGUCAGGAAUGUCAGCUCAUGGAGAGAGAUGAAGCCCGGCUUCUACCACGGCCAUGUAGCUUAUCUGGACUUCUCAAAAUAUGGGGCGAAGGGUAGGCCCAUGUACAUAAAUGUGGUGAGGGACCCCAUAGAGCGCCUGGUGUCUUACUACUACUUCCUGCGUUUUGGAGACGACUACAGACCCGGGCUUCGGCGAAGGAAACAAGGAGACAAAAAGACCUUUGAUGAGUGUGUGUCUUCGGGGGGGUCUGACUGUGCUCCUGAGAAGCUCUGGCUGCAGAUCCCCUUCUUCUGCGGCCACCAUUCAGAGUGCUGGAAUGCGGGCAGCAGAUGGGCCCUGGAACAGGCCAAAGCCAACCUGGUGAAUGAGUACCUGCUGGUGGGAGUGACGGAGGAGCUGGAGGACUUCAUCAUGAUGCUGGAGGCAGCCCUGCCGCGCUUCUUCAGGGGAGCCACAGAGCUCUACAGAACAGGAAAGAAGUCCCAUCUGCGAAAGACCACUGAAAAGAAGCCCCCCACCAAAGAGACGAUAGCCAAGCUGCAGCAGUCCGACAUCUGGAAAAUUGAAAACGAGUUUUAUGAGUUUGCACUCGAACAGUUUCAGUUUGUGCGUGCUCAUGCUGUCAGGGAAAAAGAUGGGGAGCUUUAUGUCCUGGCUCAGAGCUUCUUCUAUGAAAAGAUCUACCCCAAAAUGAACUAAACGUGUAGAUGGAAAAGAGAGCCGAGGGGGACGGGCUUUCCAGGACUCUGUUAGAAGUCGUUUACACUGGGAGGAAGUUCAUCAAGAGAUGCUGGUGAAGCCUGUUACAGUACAGGAAAUCCCUUCCAUAGUGCACAGUGGGAUUUCUACGACAGAUGGGACUCAUUUUUUUUUAUGUGGAACAUCUGAAAACCCAAGCACAAGCAGCCUUUGAUUAAUGAAGUUUGGGUUUUGGGUGGAGCGUCAACAUAAAAGCCUCAAGUUUUAAACCAUUUUAAAAAUGUGUUUAUCUGACUGAUUUGAAAAGGACAGAAGCGCACCAAAGCUGUUUGGCUCCCUGUUGUAUUAUUUUGUGCACACUACAUUUUAGAUGCACAAAAUCUUGUUUACAAGUUAAAAAUAAGGGUACAACAGAUCACAAAACUCACGGUACGGAUUGGAUCACGUUUUUGAGUAACGGUUCAGAUCAAUUUUCAGAUCAGCACAAAAAAGGUGGGAAUUUAAAUGAUAUAUGUAAAAUAUUGAAUAACUACUUUUAACAAUAACUUUGAAUGCACCACAAGGUUUAUUAGUUUCAAGAAAGAGCAGCAUUUAGUCACGUGUUGUUUUUCCAACAACAGCAGUGUAUGUCUAGUGCUAGUGUAUGUCUUUUAGCUCAUAGCUUUAGCAGCAAACUGUCUACGUCCCAGUGUUGGAAACCUCUACAGUGAAAUACAGUCACACUUUACACCGUUUAGCUGUCAGCAUUUGAACCGUGUUUAUGCCUGCUACUAGCUAACAGUAGGCUAACAAUAUGCUAACGUUACCUGCUGCCAAGUGUAUCGUAAGUGUUAAUUAGCGUCACUCCCCGAUGUAAGUUGAGCGAAGCUGCGAGUUGCAUACGUCACUUUGCGACAAGUAGCAUACAAGAAGCAAGAGAGAUCUCUGUAAUGUCAAUACAGUAAAAAUUGACCUACUUAACCAAGUUGGUUCACUGCUGGCUACAAGUUAGCAAUCAAACACAACAAAGGUUGUCAGUUGAAUGGCGUCUUGAGCUAACGUUAGCAAUCAAACAACCAUAGAUAGCUAAAACGUUUUUGAAAUGACUGCUAGCUUAGCUAUAAGCUAGCAAUCAAACACAACAAAGGCUGUCACUUGAAUGGCGUUUUGAGCUAACGUUAGCAAUCGAAUAAAACGUUUUUGAUAUAAUUCCCAUCUUCUGUUACUGUUUGUAAUGAGAUAGGGUUAUCAUUUUAUGGAUUUCACAUAUUUCAGUAUGACAGGUUAUGCCUAAACAGUUUAAAUCUGAGCAUGCGCGUCUCAAAUCUGCACUCGGCUCACAUCGGGGAGUGACAUCGUUUCUUCCAACGUCUUUUUCGGAGCAUCAGAGAGUAGCGCAGACAUUCAAGUGGCACCGGAAUGAGAACCGGAAUCUGGGUUGCUAUUCCGUCAGAUAGAUACUGGUUGUUAGGGCACCAGUGCCAUAUUAGCGCCGUAUUUGAAAAUGCGCCGUUCACAUGAACAGACAAUUGCAUUGCUUGUAUGUUUUUACGGCAACCCUCCAUGGCGAUUUAUCGGCCUACUUAAAGCCACAGCGACAGUCGAACUGUAUUUUCCACUAUGUUCAUGGUUAAACUUUGCAACCCUGGUGCACAUGCAUUCCAAACCGUGAGUGUUAAUCCCUACGGAACAACUAUGGUCUGUUACAUCACUAGUUACAACUGUUAAAAAACAACAACAAAA